CUUAUAACCCCUCGUACAUUUAAAUGGGCUAGAUAAGAAGGGCUCAAACGAUUCAGAUCUAGAAAUAGAUCUACUAGAGAUCAAUUAAUUUAGACAUAAAACUCGGCUAGAUUUAUAAUCAAAGUUGUGUCUUCUACAUCCCUCCAUCCCUCAUGUUGAAAUCGAACAUGUCUUUUGAUGGUAGUUCAGUCACAGCACUGAAUAAGCUGCCUAUGAGAGUUCCUGUUGAUAAAGAAAAUGAUCCUUAUGCUAAUGCUGCCGAGAGUAAUCGCGAUGACCCUAGAUCAGAAGGCCACAAGUGCAAAGAACCUAUGAUAAAAUGGACUCUAAAAGAUUUUGAUAUAGGUCGUCCACUUGGUAAGGGAAAAUUUGGAAAUGUUUACUUGGCCAGAGAAAAGAAAAGCAAAUAUAUCGUUGCUUUAAAGAUGAUGUUUAAAUCCCAGUUACUAAAAGCUGGUGUAGAACAUCAACUGAGGAGAGAAAUUGAAAUUCAGACUCACCUUAAACAUCCUAACAUUUUGACACUAUUGGGCUACUUCUAUGAUGAGUCUCGAAUCUAUCUCAUAUUAGAAUAUGCUCCAAAGGGAGAACUUUUCAAAGAAUUACAGAAGAAUAAACGAUUUGAUGAUGCUAGAUCUGCCAGAUACAUCGCUCAACUGACUGAUGCUUUAAUUUAUUGCCACAGCAAGAAAGUCAUUCACAGAGAUAUUAAACCAGAAAAUCUUUUGCUAGGAUUGAAAGGAGAUUUGAAAAUAGCAGAUUUCGGAUGGUCUGUCCAUGCGCCGUCCUCUAGACGUCACACUAUGUGUGGCACACUUGAUUAUCUUCCCCCAGAGAUGGUAGAGGGCAAGUAUCACAAUGAAUGUGUUGACCUCUGGAGUCUUGGUGUGCUGUGCUACGAGUUUCUGGUGGGUAAACCCCCUUUUGAAACAGGCAGCCACACUGAGACCUACAAGAAAAUCUGCAAGGUGGACUUGAAGUUUCCAGAGUUUGUGUCGGAUGGUGCUAGAGAUCUUAUAUCAAAACUUUUGCGUCAUGACCCACAGGAUCGUUUGCCAUUACAAGAAGUGUUGAAGCAUCCAUGGAUUGUGAAAUAUAGACCUGCUGCUGAUAGUUAGUUUCAUUGUUGAAAAUCUUAAUUUUGUAUUUGAUAGAUUUAUUUUUUUUGCAAGCAAACUUUUUCAUUGCUUUAUUUUUUAUUUAUAACAAUCUUGAGAACAACAAUUAUCUGUACAUAUUUGUAAUCUGUAAAUAGUCUACAUAGUGAUGUAUAUAAUGUUAACAAUAUAAUAGUGCCUUUUUAUUUUGAUUUUGUAAGGCUAAAAGUUUAAGACAAGCUGUUACAAACAUGUUUAGAUGCACAUCACUUGGCUACUAAACUUGUCUUUUGUUUAGAUGCACAUUUUAGUGCGUCAUAAUUGUGUUUGAAGAGACAGCUGUGUUGUAUUUUCUUCACAAUCAUUUGACAUGCAGAUUCAAACGGGCUGUUAAUAUAGUUCAAUCACUACUAAAGACACAAUAUUUAGCCUCUAUGCUCUUUAAAAUAUUACCACACCACGAAAAUUCUCUUUCAUCAUAUCCUACUCUCUACUAACCUUUACCUUGAACUACAUUUAUGCAUAUGCAAAUUACUGUUCUUUUUUCCACCGCUUUUGUCAUGGUUCUGAAAGUUUGUUCAGUUGACCUUCCACUGGUCAGUCGACUGCUCUGUCAAGCAUGAGGUUAAACCCACUUGUGACCAGCCUGAUCUCUCUCCCUUACUGUGACAUUACCUCCCCUCUUCUCUUAAAGUUGGUUGCAUGAUAUAAUGAGUAAUACACAUAACUACAAGCACGUAGACCUAGACAUUACAAUUGAAUGUGUCCAAUGUCUACAUUUUGUAUAUACACAAUUACUCUUGCAGCUACUCUGCCAUGUGCAAAACUGAGUCACAAUAUCAAAUUUAUAUAAUAGUGAAAAAAAUCUUUUUCUAACAAUUACAAUAUUUUUUUAUGGUUGAACAAUGUAUAAAAAAAAGUACUAUUGUAAUAAAAUGAAAAUUAUAAAAUUUGUAUUGAACAUUUCUAUUCAAUGUGAUGUUAGUAAUAAAGUUCUUAUACAAUUAUUAAGUACUUUUGAAUGUAUGUCAAUCACUAAGUAGUGUAUGACUUAUAAAGUCAUUGUCAAAUAAAUUAUAGUCACUAUUAACAAAAUAAAUUUUAUGUAACUGAUAAGAUGAAGUAACUUUUUGUGCAUCUUGAUAAGUUGUCUUCUAAGAUGUUCAUCAUUUCUGAUACGUUUUUAACUGUAAAUUGGUAUUCAUUUAUCAAUAAACUCCAGUGAGUUAAGUGUU